AUGACCAACAAUCUCAACGCCAACCAUCUCCACCUAGACGCGUCCUCCUCCUCCUCCUCCUCCUCUUCCUCCUCCUCCUCCUCCGCCGCCGCCGCCGCCGCCUCGGUCCAGGAGCCCAAGAUGGACGCGCUCAUCAUCCCGGUGACCAUGGAGGUGCCGUGCGACAGCCGGGGCCAGCGCAUGUGGUGGGCAUUCCUGGCCUCCUCCAUGGUCACUUUCUUCGGCGGCCUCUUCAUCAUUCUGCUCUGGCGGACGCUCAAGUACCUGUGGACCGUCUGCUGCCACUGCGGGGGAAAAAGCAAGGAGGCCCAGAAGAUCAACAAUGGCGCUACGCAGGCUGACGGUACACUCAAGCCAGUGGAUGAAAAAGAGGAGGUGGUGGCGGCAGAAGUCGGCUGGAUGACUUCCGUGAAAGAUUGGGCAGGGGUCAUGAUCUCUGCCCAGACGCUAACCGGCAGAGUCCUGGUUGUCUUAGUCUUCGCUCUUAGCAUUGGUGCACUUGUAAUAUACUUCAUAGAUUCCUCAAACCCAAUAGAAUCCUGCCAGAAUUUCUACAAAGAUUUCACAUUACAGAUUGAUAUGGCUUUCAACGUAUUCUUCCUCCUCUAUUUUGGCUUACGGUUCAUUGCAGCCAACGAUAAGCUGUGGUUUUGGCUGGAAGUUAACUCAGUAGUAGAUUUCUUCACAGUCCCUCCAGUGUUUGUGUCAGUUUAUUUAAACAGAAGUUGGCUGGGUUUGAGAUUUUUGAGAGCUCUCAGAUUGAUACAGUUUUCAGAAAUAUUGCAGUUUCUGAAUAUCCUAAAAACCAGCAAUUCCAUCAAGCUGGUGAAUCUGCUCUCGAUAUUUAUCAGCACGUGGCUGACAGCAGCUGGGUUCAUACAUUUGGUAGAGAACUCAGGGGAUCCAUGGGAAAAUUUCCAAAAUAACCAAGCUCUUACGUACUGGGAAUGCGUUUAUUUGCUAAUGGUUACAAUGUCCACAGUUGGUUAUGGAGAUGUUUAUGCAAAAACAACCCUUGGUCGCCUUUUCAUGGUCUUCUUCAUCCUCGGGGGACUGGCCAUGUUUGCCAGCUACGUCCCUGAAAUCAUAGAGUUAAUAGGAAACCGCAAGAAAUACGGUGGUUCCUAUAGUGCGGUUAGUGGAAGAAAGCACAUCGUUGUCUGUGGCCACAUCACUCUGGAGAGUGUGUCCAACUUCCUGAAGGACUUCCUACACAAAGACCGCGAUGACGUCAAUGUGGAGAUAGUUUUUCUUCACAAUAUCUCUCCAAACCUGGAGCUCGAAGCUCUGUUUAAACGACACUUUACUCAGGUGGAAUUUUAUCAGGGUUCAGUCCUCAAUCCACAUGACUUGGCUAGAGUCAAGAUAGAGUCAGCAGAUGCAUGCCUAAUCCUUGCCAAUAAGUACUGCGCUGACCCAGACGCUGAAGAUGCCUCCAAUAUUAUGAGAGUAAUUUCCAUAAAGAAUUACCACCCGAAGAUAAGAAUUAUAACUCAAAUGCUGCAGUAUCACAACAAAGCCCAUCUGCUCAAUAUCCCAAGCUGGAAUUGGAAAGAAGGAGAUGACGCGAUCUGCCUCGCCGAACUGAAGCUGGGAUUCAUCGCCCAGAGCUGCCUGGCGCAGGGCCUCUCCACCAUGCUCGCCAACCUCUUCUCCAUGAGGUCAUUCAUAAAGAUUGAGGAAGAUACAUGGCAGAAGUACUAUCUGGAAGGAGUCUCUAAUGAAAUGUAUACAGAAUAUCUAUCUAGUGCCUUCGUGGGUCUGUCCUUCCCUACAGUUUGUGAACUGUGCUUUGUGAAGCUAAAACUCUUAAUGAUAGCCAUAGAAUACAAGUCGGCCAAUCGCGAAAGCCGAAGUCGAAAGCGCAUAUUAAUCAACCCUGGAAACCAUCUGAAGAUUCAAGAAGGUACUUUAGGAUUCUUCAUUGCAAGUGAUGCCAAAGAAGUUAAAAGGGCAUUUUUUUACUGCAAGGCCUGUCAUGAUGACAUCACAGAUCCAAAAAGGAUCAAAAAAUGUGGCUGCAAACGGCUCAAGGAUGAAGCUAGAUCACGUUACCCCAAACGCACAUUUCAGUUCAAGAGAACAACUUCUAAUUCACGGCUUGUGACCAAGCCCAGUGAAGGACUCCGGGAACCAGUCCCACUUGUUAAUAAUCGUAAAGGGAGCCUGCUCCAGCCCAGCCACCCCUCGCUGCUGCACCUUAACUUGCUGAGCUCUGUUGAGCAAGGAAAAUCUACUUACUGUAGAUUGGAACAGGCAUUCAGCUUGCCUGGAAAAUACCAGUUUCAUCCCCCAAAUCCGGGGCAGGCCAAAGAUACCCUUGAAGAUGAGCAGCCAUCAACACUGUCACCCAAAAAAAAGCAACGAAAUGGAGGCAUGAGAAAUUCACCGAAUUCCUCACCUAAACUGAUGAGGCAUGACCCCUUGUUAAUUCCUGGCAAUGAUCAGAUCGACAACAUGGAUUCCAAUGUGAAAAAAUAUGACUCUACAGGGAUGUUUCACUGGUGUGCAGCCAAGGAGAUAGAGAAGGUGAUUCUGACUCGAAGUGAAGCUGCUAUGACAGUUUUAAGCGGGCACGUGGUGGUCUGCAUAUUCGGAGAUGUCACUUCUGCAUUGAUUGGGUUGAGGAAUUUAGUAAUGCCCCUCCGAGCGAGCAACUUCCAUUACCAUGAACUCAAACAUAUAGUAUUUGUGGGAUCCAUCGAAUACUUGAAGAGGGAAUGGGAGACUCUGCAUAACUUUCCCAAAGUUUCAAUAUUACCUGGUACACCAUUAAGCCGGGCUGAUUUAAGGGCUGUCAACAUCAACCUCUGCGACAUGUGCGUUAUCCUGUCAGCCAAUCAGAAUAAUAUUGAUGAUACUUCGCUGCAGGACAAGGAAUGCAUCCUGGCGUCACUCAACAUCAAAUCUAUGCAGUUUGAUGACAGCAUCGGGGUCUUACAGGCUAAUUCCCAAGGGUUCACUCCACCAGGGAUGGACAGGUCGUCUCCCGACAACAGCCCAGUCCACGGGAUGUUACGUCAGCCAUCCAUCACAACUGGAGUCAAUAUCCCCAUCAUUACUGAGCUAGCUAAACCUGGCAAACUUCUGCCUUUGGUUUCAAUCAGUCAGGAAAAAAACAGUGGGACCCACAUUCUAAUGAUAACUGAACUGGUGAAUGAUACUAAUGUACAGUUUUUGGACCAAGAUGACGACGACGAUCCUGAUACCGAACUGUACCUCACACAGCCAUUUGCCUGUGGGACGGCAUUUGCUGUCAGUGUGUUGGACUCCCUAAUGAGUGCGACAUACUUCAAUGACAAUAUCCUCACCCUGAUCCGGACCCUGGUAACGGGAGGAGCUACCCCAGAGCUGGAAGCGCUGAUCGCCGAGGAGAAUGCGCUGAGAGGUGGCUACAGCACGCCCCAAACACUUGCAAACAGAGACCGGUGUCGGGUUGCUCAGUUAGCCCUCCUUGACGGGCCAUUUGCAGACCUAGGGGAUGGGGGCUGUUAUGGAGAUCUGUUCUGUAAAGCUCUGAAAACAUACAACAUGCUCUGCUUUGGAAUUUACCGGCUGAGGGACGCCCACCUGAGCACGCCUAGCCAGUGCACAAAACGGUAUGUCAUCACCAAUCCACCCUACGAGUUUGAGCUCGUGCCGACGGACUUGAUCUUCUGUUUAAUGCAGUUUGACCACAACGCUGGCCAAUCUCGGGCCAGCCUCUCUCAUUCCUCCCACUCCUCCCACUCCUCCAGCAAGAAGAGCUCCUCUGUUCACUCCAUCCCCUCCACUGCGAACAGACAACACCGCCCCAAGGCCAGGGAUUCUCGAGACAAACAGAAUGCAACAAGGAUGAAUAGAAUGGGCCAAGAAAAGAAAUGGUUUACAGAUGAACCGGAUAAUGCCUAUCCCAGAAACAUUCAAAUCAAGCCAAUGAGCACCCAUAUGGCUAAUCAGAUCAACCAAUAUAAAUCGACAAGCAGCUUGAUACCACCAAUCAGAGAAGUGGAAGAUGAAUGUUGACUCCCAGGAGCCCAGGACUAUUUUUUUUUAAAGCCUGACAAACUUCAUAAAUGGUGAUGUGACAUUUUUUCCUCUAACAUGCGGAAUCACUGGUGGAAAAGUUGUGAAAAACAAGCAUUGUGAGAAAAAUUAAGUAGACAGUUCCUUCUUUUUGUUUGCCUUUAAUACUGCUUCCAUGUAUUUUGGAAAAUAUUUCAUUUAUAAAUGAACAUAGUCAAAAUAAUCAUGUAUAGCUUCUAACAUUUUAAAUUAUUUUCUAUUUAUUAGAAAGACUAUAUUUUUUCUUUUCUUUUUCAUCGAGUAUCUUCCCUGCAAAACAACAAGCCAAACUGGUUAUGUGGCCAGACUCCUAAGGAAACUUACAUCCUUUUCCUAUCUCUGUUCCCAGGGAGAAUGAUGGUCUCCUCCACCACCCCAAUCCCUCCCCACAAAAAAGUUGUAAUUAAGGGGUUCAUAUGUCAAAAGAAAACUGUUCCAAGAUCUCCAAACCAGUAAACAUGUAUUUUGGUAAAUUUAAAGGAGAGAGAGAGGAAAAUAAAUACAGUUCACUCCCCGUUCCUUUACCGGAAAAUGUUGUUUUUGUUCAGCUUUGACACCAGCUCUUAAUAAACAGAAAUGUGUUUAUUUUCAAAGUUGAAAGUCAUAUUUUUGUACGUUUAGCAUUCCUUCUGGAUUCCUCAUGACUUUAUGACCUAUAUACAGGGGAAGACUUUCUUGCAAAUCUUGGAAAGUCAUUGAUCACCAUAGGAUCCAAAAGAAUCCUGGAUAACUUGCUGCCACCACAGGGUAGUGGACAACAUAGAAACCAAGGGAAUAUGGACAGAUGAGCACAUGACACUUGUUUGUUUCUGAUGGAUGUGAAGUCUGCCUUCCACUUGGCUUCUUGUUUCAUUUUUUUCAAAUAUCAUUUGCUGAGUGAGUUCAACCUUGGGAAUACCUUUGAUUUUUUACAGGGGAAGGGAAGGGAGUCCCAGGUUUCAAAGCUCUGUGCCUGCAGUAUAAUUUGUGGGUUUCCUGUGGUGACUGGGACAUCGCACACAUAACUGUUAGAACAACAUGAAAAUAAAAUUUAGGAAACCAAUGAACAUACUUAAUAUGAAAGCUUACAGCAGGUCUUUAAAACAGCCAGCGGUGGAAAUCAAAUGUAUCGGCAAUUUCAAAGAAUGGUCAGGACCUUUUUCUGGCCAUCAAACAUAAUUGUGAUGUUUCUUAGCUUCACUGCAGUAUGUGCAGUUUAUAGUCACCCAAGUCUUUGAUGUUCUGAACAAUUUAGCAAGUCUUUCACCUCGAAAUGAUCAGUCCUUGAAACAUGCAAUCCAAAGUCUCUAGAUGAAGAAUAGACAAGUUAUUGGGUUUAUUUUUUUUUCUUUUUGUUUUUUUUAAACAUAAUGGGGCUGGGGAAAAAUGAAAGAAACAGAAACACCAAAAAGUGCCAUGGUGGAUGGAUGUUAACUCUUCAGGCUUUGUAAUUGUUGCAGAGUUUCAAAUGCCAAAAUCCAGCAUUCUGUGGUAACUAUUUACAUUAGUGAAAUCCCAAUGAAUUAGAUGGGAACUGAGUACACUCACCACUAAUACUUAUGUCCACUAUGUACUCCAAUUACUAAGCUAAACUAUCUCAGCUUUAAUGUUUGUCCACUGGCAGCAGUACUAAUAUAUUCAUACUGCCACCUUAGUAGGCUUUGUCCUGGAGUGACUUUUUGGACUGUGAUUAAUUUGUCUUUACACUUAGUAGAAUUAGCUAUAUAAAAAGAACUGUGGAUAUGUCUGUAAGAUGGGAUUGUCUAUCAAAUAUUUAUAAUCGCUUACCUAUUCAGCAAACAAAAUUGACUUUAACAGGUUUAAGCCCAUUUCAUAGUUCCCAAAUGAAAGGAGAGGAAAAAAAACCUAAUUGUGCGACUACACUUUUGCUGCAAGGAGGCGUUCUUCUCAUUUUGAUUUUUGCAUUAUGUUCCUUGGCCAAUAAAAUUGUUAAUGGACAGGUCUUCUUAAAGUAGCAUUUAUGAAGAGGUGGGUGACUGGCAUCCAUAGAUAAAAUGGUCUCUGGGAGGCAUUAGUAUUAACUGGAAAGAGAGAAAUCAGAAUUCUCAGGGACAUACAUUACAAAGCUCCUUUACUUUCAUUGUUGUUGUUUACUGAGAUCUCUACCCAGCAUUAACCAUGUUUCCCUUUGAAACUGAUAUAUUGUCUUUCUCCCAGGUCACUCACUAAUCUCACACAGCCCAGUGUUUGUGACACCACUACCUCCUCAGUCAGAGAAGUCUCUGAAGGUCUCUCAGAUCAUAACUUGGGAAUGUUUUUAGAUGAAUGACUGACUCGAGGUUAUUCACAAACAAGCAUCUAUGGCAAACAGCAUGGCCAGGGAAUCUUCACCUGACAAUGUGUGAAAUAGUUGUCUUUCCAGCAAAUGCCCAAUGCAUACCUUAAAUGUUUCCUGCAAAAUCAACAGGAGUAAGGGAGGCAUAUAUAUUGAAGGGAUGUUGUUUAGGCACAAGGUAGAGGGGAAGAGAAGGAAUGGAACCCAAUGAGCUGAGAUUGUCAAGCAAAGAGUAGCUGGCCAAAUUGCUGCAUUAUAAAAGCAAUAAUGUAACAGCAGAGGAGCUGUAUAGUAGCAGAGGCCCCGACAUUAUUUUACAUUUUCUGACCUUAAUGGAAGCAUUUUUGGUUUGUCUGAAAUGUUUUCUUUGAAUCUUGGCAUCAAGGGCCAAAAUUCAAAGCCUAACUUUCCCUGGUCACCAAAUCUACUUCUCUUAAACAUGACAAGAUUUGUCCCUGAUACCUACAAACUCUUCAUGGGAUUGGCAUUCUGGUGAAAUUUAAAAUGUCUCUGCCUCCUGCUUUCAGAAAUUCAGGCCCAUCCUCUGCCACCAUUCUCAGAUCUCUAAUCUCUCCCUAGUUGGGUAUCCAGUCCGAGGUUUCCAUCUGAGUUUGAUAUCUCAAUGUUAUCAAACAGUUCCUUUUCCUAUCAGCCUACCCCUCCCAAUAGAUUAGUCAAAGCAUUCUGUUUGUGAGAAUAAAACUGUCGGCAAAAUGGAAAAAUGAAGAAGGAAUAAAAGGCAGACUGAAAUUUGGGCCAUCUUACCCCAUCUCCAUCCUUCCCCAUGCAGUUUGCUUCCAAAUCAAACCAGGGUCCACGUCAAACUCCAGGGAAGGAGGAAAGCACCUUUUCCGGGUUUCAGGUCCCAUUUUUCUUUCCUGUUCUAUUGCAGAGGUCACUGUGAGGGAACAACCUUACAAAGAAAUAUCCCUUUUUCUGUCAGGGUUCCUAAUUGGCUAUAGUUGGAAGUGGGGAGUUCAACUUUUGAAAUACAUUUUGAGAAAUGUUGAUUCCUUUGUGGGGAAAUUUCUGUAACUUUACUAGCCAUUUGGGUUUUAGGAAAUGUAUGUUUUACAUGCUUAUUUUUCCAGUAGUCUGAAUGGUUUUCCCCCCCUUUCAGUGAGUUGGUUGUAUAUAUUCAGGGAACAGGAAGGGGAGAUUAACUACUAGAAAAAAGGCUCACUUUAACCUAACUGAAAUAUUGGUGUCAUGAGCAUAUGAGAGAAAAUAUUCAAUCAUGUAAAAGAGUUCUCAAAACAGUAUGCUUUAAUCCUAUAUAAUUUAAUAAAAUCUGCUUAGCAUAUUAUCUCCCAAGAGAACCCCAAAUCAAAUCUUUUCUCAGAGAGAUCAAAAUAAUACCAUCUAUAAGAGGGAGGCAGUGUUAUUCUCUGUGAUUUUGAACAAUGUAGGCUUCUUGCUUUUUUUUCCCCUUCUGUUUGACUUAUAUAUGCCUUCUGGAAUUCAGCAGACUUUAAGAUUCUUGAGAUAAAUAUUAUACCCAAUGUAUUUGCAUUUACAGUUUUCCUGCAUCCCCAGAUGCCAAGUUAAAAAAACAAAAAAGCUUUGUAUUAUGAAGUAGAUGUUAAAUAAAUACCACCUUCUGUAACUUCCAACACUGUGCUUUACACUAGUUUCUCUCAAAUGCCACAGUUUUGGAACUGUAGAGCAUUGGUGGUUAGUUUCAGAACUAGAUUGGAAAUGACAUCAAAAUUCUCAAACAUAGAUGUUAUAUCUGAUAAAGAAAGGGUAGCUCACCAGGAUAUACUAUUUUGAGUACCAUGAGGGACUAUACACAUGAAGCUAGCACACACAGAGAGUUCCACUCUGGCAGCUUAGUGUUUUCCUGAUGCUGAAUUUGUCAAAUAUGAGAAUGAGAAUUUCCUUGGUAAUCAGUUGGAGGAGACAUUUGGGGCCUUUGCCAAAAGGUUUGCUGAACUCUUUUCCUCUAAUUCCUUUAAGAUUUCAGAAAUAAUUUCUAAACAAUGGCAAGGAACUAGAACUAUCACUGUUCCUUUCUGUUUCUUCUCAUCUUUCUUGGUAAUGCAUUAGGCACUGGUGCCUAACAAUUGCAAAACUUCAAACAGAAACCCAAGUUUUCCAGGAAGACACGAUGUACACUAAAUUCUGCCUCCAAAUUGUUUUUUUUUUCCUUCUGCCCAGGUACCUUACAGGAAUUCCACAGUUGACGUUUGUUUUGGGGGUGAAACAGAAAGCUCACCCAGAGUUCUACCUGGAAGUUCAUCGAGAAAAAGGAGUGUAGCUGAUUCAUCGUUGUGUUUUGGGGUUUGUUUUGUUUUCAUUUGAAUAGGGAUUAUUAGUGAGAGAGAACAAAUGCUGGUGCUCAGAAUCAAUCUACCCGUCAUCUGUAAUAUCCAGUGAUAAAUAUAUUGUCUUGUAAAAAGGGUUUGUACAUAACUUGUACAUGGUUUCAUUUUGUAUUUUUCUCAGAUUAAAAUUUAUGUAUUUGUGUUCUAAAACAA